CAAGCAUUAUCUGACGUAGAUCUCAAAAAGCGGAACGUUUAAUUUUGAUUUAAAAAAGAUAAUAAAAAUGCUCAGCAAGUUACCGUCUACCAAUUUGAAGAAAAUUGUUAAGCAAAGAUUUGACGAAGCUUCGAUUUCUAAAAUCCACGCAAUGGCCUGGUUGAACUACCUGUUGUUCGAGCAGAAGUUGGCCAAGGCAGCAGCAGACUAUGCCAAGCAGGACCGCUCUGCAGUCAUAAGGGAGCAGCAUGUCCGUAAAGCUGCUAAGAGCAUCCUUGGGGCCAGCAAAGGCUGAAUUGAACAUCAAAAACUCAAGAACACAUCUUACUGGGAUUGUGCAAUUUUCAUCUACUGUAAAAAUCAUAUAUUUUUUAAUCUAAUGGUUUUGGACAUUAUAUAGAAAGAUAUACUGCUCCUCUGGCAAAGAUUGAAGGUGGUAUAUACAUGUACAUGUAGGAGUCAGUGUUAUGUUUGUGGAAUGCACUUAUUUCUACAUUGCUCAUGUGAUUAAAUUGAAAAAUUAAAAGUAAUCACUAUGAAAUGCAGAUGCACGAGGCACUUUAAGUGCCCAAUGAUCUACACAAUUAUUUGUAGUUUAACAUCUCUGAGGUAUCAGGCACGUUUGUGACUAAGCUCUCAUUAAUGGCUGCUAUAGCUUUUUGUGAAAUCAAUUAACAGAUAUUGGCAGCUUUUAAUUUAACUGUGUGAAUAUGAACAUUGGCUUAUAUGUUGAUGAGAUAAGUUUUGUCACAGAGCCUAAAGUUGCUUUGAAUCACACCUUUAUGUGUAGUAUUGUGAACAUAAUGUAAAUACAUAAUUUUGUAUAUAUUGUAAAUAUAUUAUUUAUUAACAAGGCCUGUUACAUCAAUUUUUAUGUAUUCUCUGUACACAUAUAAGCUUUAGCAGAUGCAAAUAAACAUUUUCAAAAGCCA